CAACAAAUCUCAGAAAGAAAGAAAAGGAAAAUGUCGAAUUCGACCAACGAAACCCUAGAAGAUGGAAAGGGGCAAUUCGACGACAAAAUAACCAACGUGAACCAGCGAACAGAGCCGUCUCAGGAAUGGGAGACAAUGGCUCGUGCCUGGAUCACCGCCUUCCCCGACGCCAAAGCCGUCAUAAGCGUCAGCGAAGUCGAGACCUGGAUCGGCUCCAACUUCGACUCCUUGCCGGCGGAUCUCCGCCACCGACCUCGCUCCGAGCUCGUCGAUCGCCUCCUCUCUAUGCAACAUUACAUGAGACCAACACCAUCAGACCACAACGAGCAGCAAAAUGGGGAAGAGAAUCAAACGGAUCAGCAUCCAGCUCGGUUUCAGAGGACUGACCAGUGGUUACCGGUUUAUUCGUGGUUAGAGUCGUUGGAUAAUGGAGAGUUGGUUAAAUCCAAGGAUAUUACUGAGUGGCUUGAUGCGAAUCCAGAGGUUAAAGAAGAGCUUUCUUCGAGGCAUUCUCGUUAUCAUUUGACUCAUUAUGUCAAGAAAUGUCAUCUCAAGAUACUUAAAAGGAAGGAGAAGAAGGGGUUAAUCCGGCUAAGCAGAGCAACUGCUAUGGAAGUUCACAAAGAAUUUGGCGAGAAACACUCAGCUACGCUUUCCGCUGAUCCUAUGAGCAACGUACCAAAAGACAGUGAUCUCUACCGUACAAAACAGAAAGAAGCUAAACGCAGAUUUGAGAUCUUGGUUGAGCUCGAGAAAAAACUGGCACCGCAUUUUUCAAGGCCUCGGAUAGCAAACAGAUGAAAUUUAUCUACCAGUGUGUGUGUGUUAAAUUAGAAGCUGGUUUCAAAACUCCACCUUUGAUUGUCUUUGUAAGUAUGUUCUCUGCUUUGGUUCUGUAGAACUGUUUGUGAAAUUGUAAGGUGCAGUGCAGCAAUCUGUAACUUGUAAUCUUUUCGAAUGUGAACAAUGAUAUCGUAUCAAAAACAUUAUGUACUUAGAGAGAGAUGCUAUUAAAUUGAGAAGUCAAACGAUG